AUGACUUUGCUCAGGCCGGAACAAAUUUCGCAUCCCACAUCGUCCCACGUGGAAUUGACCACUUCAGUACAACGAAACUCUGUUCCAGUUGAUGUCCAAGUUCUUUCUAUUGCAGCUGGCGAAAAGAAACGCUUGACUGUGAGUGGUCUUGAGGCGAAUGACGUGUACGAUAUCCGUCGAUGUGUAGAAAUACGGCUACCAACAUCAUUAACACAGGAUCAACGAUUCAGUUUUGGCAACACGACUAGCCGGCUGUGCUCUGAAGAAGGCUAUCGGACACUCCCGAACGCAGCACGAAUACCGCAUCCACUUUGGAUUACGGUAGCCGCGAUGAUAUUGUGUGUUUUUAGGUAG